CUCCUCAUCGUCCCACCACAGACACCUCAGGGUAUUUAGAAGUCUCCAGACCACCCAAGGACUCGGGAGACUACGCACUGGGAGGCCUAGGUGGGUGAAAGCGCUGAAGGAUGGCUGUGUUUUGGAAAGCGAUGGCAGGUGGACUGCUGUUCGCUCUGAGUCUCACGCUGCUGGGGUGGGGAGUCGAGGGGCAGUCUAAGAACAAAGUAUCAGGCAGUUCUGCCUUCUACCUCGGCCAGGAAAGAGACAUCUGGAGGCCACUGAUCCAGACAGCAGUCAACGUCAGUAACAUCAGGAGUAUCAAGUCAACCUUUCAGUUUCAUACGUUUGACCCAGAAGGUGUCAUUUUUUACGGAGACACCAAAGAUGGGAAGGACUGGUUUGUUCUGUCCCUGAAAGACGGCCUACCUCUGAUGCAGAUCAGCAAAGGAGACAUCCUCCUCAGCGUGACAGGCGGCAACAAACUCAACGAUGGAAAAUGGCACACACUGGAGGUGAGCAACCAUGGGAAGUUUGUGAUUCUAGAGGUGGACGGCCUCAAAGGGCUGGUGGUGGGAAUGCAGUCCCAACAGCCAGAGGAAGCCCUUUCAGGGGAACUUCGACUGGCCCUUGGCGGGAUCCUGAUCGAAAAGGAAAAGUUGAUCGUUGAGUUCGAGCCGCGGAUGGAUGGCUGUGUGCGGGAAGGGAACUGGCUAAACCUCAGUGUCCCCUGGGAGGCAGAGGUGGAUAACUUAUGGCCAUGCAGUGGCAACGUGCAGCCUGGCAGCUACUUCUCUGGCACUGGAUUUUCCUAUUUCAGCGCCUCAGAUUUCCCUGUUGCUGAUGAUGCUGUCAGGGUUGAAUUUUGGGGAAAUUUCAGUAAGAUGGAUGGAACCAUUAUGAGCCUCAUGGCUCCUGGGAAUAAGCUUAUGUUCAGUUUAGUGGCCAAUAGUAAAGAACAGGAGCUCACUGUCGAAUUUGCGAAUGGAGGUGCCGUUGGUGCCAGUUUGUCAAUCGAUUUCAAGAGAGUGGCGGUAAUCUUUCAUGCAGAUUCUCUAGAAAUUCAUCGAUAUACUGCUGAAUCAAGAGGUGGUACAUCGACUGUCAGUCUAGCGUCCCACCUUAUGACCUUAUGGAGAGAGGGUCGUUUGGCCAUUGGAGGUCUCCUAGGUGAGGCUGAGGACAACGUCGGCUCUAAGUUUUUGAGAGGCUGUCUGGAGAGGAUCCAGAUCCAGGGGAAGGAUUUGGACCUGGAUACAUCUGUCAGACACAAGUCAAUCAUCCCUCACAGCUGCCCUUUAUAAAGCGUGAAAGAGCAUGCACGUUCUGGACUAGAUGUUUGUAGUGGAUGCCUUUGGGUCUAGAUGACAUAAAAAAAAAUAGAAUAGUCUACAAAAUUCUACACAGCAUAACAAUACCCUAAUAACCAUUUUCUUUCAAAUGUGGUAUUUGUACCUAUUAACCUCUAAAAUGUGGAGAAGUUGCAAUAAAAUAUGGCCAUGUUUUGCAAUAAAUAUCUCUCCCUUUAGCCCUGUUUGAUCAGAA